AUGUUUUUAAAUAAAAUCUACAAGCGUGUAUCGAGUCUAUUUCCCCUAAUCAUGGCACAGAGUGUGAAUUCAUGCACUAGUUUACCUGCUUGCAAGCGCCUUUUAAAUCUUGAAGGUGCUGAGGGCAAGCAUAAUGAUGUAAUAAUUUGUGGAGUGGAGAAGUUGUCCAGUAGUAAACAGCACAUCAUCUUUUUUGGUGGAGAUGUACAGGAUUACAAGGAAAACAUGGAAAGUCAUUAUACAAACAAAGCUUAUGUAGAGUGGAACCUUGAGAGUACAGCAGAGCUACUGCGAUCAAAGUUUCCUGAUUCAACAGUAUUUGUGAUAAAACCGUCCGAUAUGCUACUCAAAACAUUCAGUAUUUACAAAAACUUCCUUAACUUUGAUGAAGAUGGUAAACCGGAAUUUACAAAUGACUUUGGGGCUUUGGUGCAUCUUUCAAAACUUUACGCAUCAGCCUUGGAAAAAGUAGGAAGUUCUGAUGUCAAUGGUGCUUGUUCUGCAGACUCUAACAUAUGUUCAGAUGAUGUACAAGUCAAAAUUAUAGGUUUUAGCAAAGGAUGUGUGGUGCUAAGUCAGUUAAUGUAUGAACUGGAUCAUUUCAAAGAUGAUAAAAAUGUGAAGUUGUUCCUGGAUAAAGUUUCGGCAAUUUAUUGGCUUGACGGAGGUCAUAAUGGUGGGGUCAAGGGUUAUAUAACUGAUAACAAAGUUCUUAAAGAUAUAAAAAAGUUAGAAAAGGACCUCUUUGUGCUUGUUACACCAUAUCAAAUUAAGUGUAUAAACAGGCGCUGGAUAGGAAAAGAAGAAGCUGAAUUUGUGAAGAAGUUGGAAGCAUUAGGGGCAAAAAUUCAAGAAUUUCGAUACUUUAUGGAUGAACCUGGAAGCAUUGAAAAUCAUUUUAAAGUUCUAACAAAAGUUAGAUAAAUAUGUUUAGGUACUUUUUGUUACAAGUUCAGUUGACCCAAAGGGUCAAGUGUUGCCUCUGUGAACAGUCAUUCAAGUAUCCACCUAAGACUUUCUCUAUCUGAAGGAGUUCCUAUUUGCUUUAAUGCUCUCAAGUUGAGUUACCUCCUCAUAACAAAAAUAAUUAAGACAAAAACACUUUCAUAUAUUACUUGUAGCAACAUUUGCAGUUGAUUAGCUUAAGUUGAAGUUUGAUUAUAAUAUUGGUUACUACCACUGGCAUUACUACAAUCAACAUUUUGAUUAACCCGUCCACUGGUUCAGAAUUAGCUCAUUGGGAGAGCGUAACUGUCCACAGGUUGGCAGUUUGAUCCCUGGGUGAAAGGAAUUUACUGAGGACAUUCUUCAUUCACCUCUAAUAUACUAUGUGGGGAAGUUGCUAUUCCCUUGUGGAAAACAUGUUGCUACCGGUACUGCUGGUACAAAAGUUGUGGAAAACAUGUUGCUACCGGUACUGCUGGUACAAAAGUUGUGGAAAACAUGUUGCUACCGGUACUGCUUGUACAAAAGAUGUGGAAAACAUGUUGCUACCGGUACUGCUUGUACAAAAGUUGUGGAAAACAUGUUGCUACUGGUACUGCUGGUACAAAAGUUGUGGAAAACAUGUUGCUACCAGUACUGCUUGUACAAAAGUUGUGGAAAACAUGUUGCUACCAGUACUGCUGGUACAAAAGUUGUGGAAAACAUGUUGCUACCAGUACUGCUGGUACAAAAGAGAAAUCAUAAUAUGUAUAUUUAAGUGAAUACAGUGCUUAUAAAUCUCUAGAAUACUGUAGAAAAAUGGGGCUUCACCCUUGUCAGCAAAAAAAACCCAACUAGAUCAAUGUUAUGUUAACUAAUUUUCCAUUUUGAUAAAUAUAUUUAUUAAAAUGUCCGAAAGGACAUCUUAGAAAAUGCAUGAUAUGUAACCUCGAUUUAUUUUAAUGCCUUCAGUUGACCUGUAGCUUUAAUGUAUAAAAUUAUGUGCUAAGCUACAGUUCACUCCUUUUCAGGGAAAUUGUUUUAGUUUUUGUUUGUUUAAAUGUAUUUAUGACUUAAAAAUUCUGCUUAUCUCAUUGGUCAGUAACUUGUCACAUGAAGUGAUAUUCACUGCAUGAAGUGAUAUCCUUGUACUAAACAAACUUGGAUUGUCUGAGAAAAUUUCUAGAUCAGCAGUUUAACUGUUGGUAUACAGUCAUGUUGAAUGUAAGUGAGUUGUUUGUCUGAACAAAAAUCAAGCAUUAAUUAUUUAUUUGAUACUAACCAGAUUGCUUUUUUAGUGUAGUAAUAAAAUAGAAUACGUACUGUUUGAUGAUAUUAGUAAAUAUCCAAGUCCAUGGACCUGACCUACAUCUAUCGGCCUCGGUGGAUUAUCCGAUAUCACCUUGGUUAGGUCCAUAACUUGUAAAUUUACCUCAUCAGAUACAGUAACCAUUACAUGUAGGUUACACUUUUAGUGCAAUGUACAUUAUUAUGAUUAAUUAGUUCCGGAAUUUCAUAGAGGCUGUUAUAAAUAUUUCCACUGUAUUAAUUCGGAAGUGUUACCGGACAUUUAGAUCACUAGUAAUAUGAUCACUGGCCUAGUUUAGGUCUUAUACGACAUCUUUCUAGCAUUUUUCCAGACAUUACUUCCAGAACUGGUGGGCACUUGGUUGGAACAAAAUUCCUCAUCUACAUCAGAUACAGGGUUACAGUCCCAUUAAAUAGGGAGCAAAUGACUCAAAAGCCAGUGACUUAAACCAAUUAACAUGUGCUAUAAAACUUUGUUUGCUCGACCUCGAUGGGACCAGCAAAAUUUGUUCAAGUUGUCGGUAGUUCAAACCAUUGAAUAAUAUACAUUAUAUAGGGAUUUUGGCGGGACCUGACAAUGAGUUUGGGCAAAGGAUGGUGUUCGAAUCAUCCGAGUUUGAGCAAAUGAAGAACAACUGUAUUUAAAACCACAAUGCGCCUUUGAAUGUGUUAAUCAUGAAAAGGGUGCUAUGUAAAUUGGGGUAUAAUAUUAAUAUAUAAUAUUUAUUAUUCAUUUAUUACUUAUUUUUUCUUUUUUUAGUAAUUUUACUUUUUUGACAAAGGAUAAAAUUACCAGUAGAUGUAAUUAUGUUGAAAAUAACAUAAAACCAGUGGCAAUAAUCAGAUUUUUUAUUUUUCUUAUUUUACUACUUCGUAUAUAUUUUAAUAGCUCCUUUUUAAUGAGAGUUUGUGUGAUUGUGUUUUAGUUUCAGUGGAUUUUCUUUCAUGUUUGAUUAACUUUCACAAUAGCUGUUAAAGUGCCCUGUGGCAGCCAUUAAGAUGGGACUUUGUGUUGCAUAGUCUCUUAUAGUUCAAAUUGAACAGUCCUGUACUAAUUUUAUUUAUGUAUUGAAUUGUAAUUUUAUACCUGUGAUAUUUACAUGAAUGAGACGUAAAUAAAGAAUAAUACUGUU